UCCUCUCUCUUUUGCCCUCUUUAGGUAGAUAAGAUAGUGGACCAGCUGCAGCAGUUUGUUCAGAGCUAUGAUCUGGUUGCCCUGCGGGAUUACUGGAGUUAUCUGGACCGACGUCUUUUCAGCCGCUUGGAAGAUGUGUACAGGCCAACAGUGAACAAGCUGAAAACCAGCUUGUUCCGAUACUACCUUGUCCAUACUGUUCAGACUGGCCGCAAUGACAAGGCGCAGGAGUUUUUCCUCAAGCAGGCCUCCGAGCUCCAGAACCAGGCAGAGUGGAAGGAUUGGUUUGUCCUGCCCUUCCUCCCUGCCCCAGACUCCAACCCCACCUUUGCCACCUAUUUCUCACGCCAGUGGGCAGAUACAUUUAUUGUGUCUCUGCACAACUUCUUGAGUGUCUUAUUUCAGUGCAUGCCAGUUCCAGUCAUUUUGAACUUUGAAGCUGAAUGUCUCCGGAACAGUCUCAUACAAGAAGAAAAUGAAUCAUUGCGGCAUAAGCUGUUUGCUUUGCAGGCUGAAUCCUUCCGCGUGAAGAAAGAGGAACUGGAGGUGGAACAACCUGUUGUGCAUCACAAGCUGCCUGCAUAUGUGGCCAACAUGGAUCGACUAGGGGACUCUGAGUUGGAUAUGGCCUGCAGCCAGAGGACUACUGCACAUUCUCUUCAGUCCCGUGGAGGCUUUCUGUCCUCUUUUCUCUCACAAAGUAAAAAGGGCCCUUCCAGACCAGUCCAUUCGAGUGGGGCUUCUCCAACACAGACAAGCAGUAUGCUGCUAGGGAAGAAAGAACCAACAAAUCAGCAGAUUGCCAAAGGAAAAGAAGGAACGGUGAGCUGUAAGGAUGGGAAGAGCCACUUCAGUGGAUUAGUAGCAGGUGACUCAAGUUCCCUGCAGCAGCGGCAGAAACGUUUGCAAGAGCAUGGGAAGGAAAGGAAGGAACUCCUGUCCAAGGGGAUCUCCCAGGGCCACAGUGCUGAGAAGAAAACGGAUGUUGGCACAGCUGAGGCAGAGCCAUGCUCAGAGCUGCAUGCUGAGCAAACAGAGACUUCAACCAAAAUGCCUGCCAGUAGUGCAGAGGUGGCAGGGGUCCGGCAGGAGCAGCCUUUCAUCGUCCUCAGCCAGGACGAGUAUGGGGAGCACCAUUCAUCCAUCAUGUACUGCAGGGUUGAUUGUUCUGGACGGAGGGUGGCCAGCCUGGAUGUGGAUGGGGUCAUCAAAGUCUGGUCUUUUAACCCCAUAAUGCAAACUAAAGCUUCAUCCAUUUCCAAAUCUCCAUUGCUGUCUCUGGAAUGGGCAACCAAGCGUGAUCGGCUGCUGCUGCUUGGCAGUGGGGUCGGGACGGUUCGUCUUUAUGACACAGAAGCAAAGAAGAAUCUCUGUGAAAUUAGCAUUGAUGAAGACAUGCCCAGGAUCCUGUCACUUGCUUGCAGCCCAAGUGGUGCCUCCUUUGUCUGUUCUGCAGCAGCCCAGAGCCCCAUCUCCCAUGUGGACUUCUUGGCAGUAAGCUCUGGGGGAAAAAGCAUGAACCAAGUUCCUGGGAAACUGCUACUGUGGGACACAAAAACCAUGAAACAGCAGCUGCAGUUCUCCCUGGAGCCUGAGCCCAUUGCUAUAAACUGCACAGCCUUCAAUCACAAUGGCAACCUGCUGGUCACCGGGGCUGCAGAUGGCAUUGUUCGUCUCUUUGAUAUGCAGCAGCAUGAGUGUGCCAUGAGCUGGAAAGCACAUGAUGGGGAAGUCUACUCUGUCGAGUUCAGCUGUGAUGAGAACACAGUCUACAGCAUAGGCGAGGAUGGCAAGUUCAUUCAGUGGAAUAUUCACAAAAGUGGUUUGAAGGUGUCAGAGUAUGAUCUUCCCAGCGAAGCUACAGGUCCUUUUGUUCUGUCUGGGUACAGUGGCUACAAGCAAGUCCAGUUCCCACGAGGAAAGCUUUUUGCUUUUGACUCUGAGGGCAACUACAUGUUGACAUGUUCUUCUACUGGGGGAAUGAUUUUUAAGUUAAAUGGUGAGGAAAAGGUUCUGGAGACCUGCCUUUCUCUGGGAGGACACCGAGCUCCUGUUGUCACAGUGGACUGGAGCACAGCCAUGGACUGUGGGACCUGCCUCACUGCCUCUAUGGAUGGGAAGAUUAAAUUAACAACCUUACUGGCUCAAAAGUCUUAACCCGGACAGUGCUGAAGGGAAAGA